AUGAAACUUAUCUCGAAACAUAUCGUCACUGUUCAUGAUUUAAUUGUUGAUGAACGAGCUGAACAUAUUCUACAGUUAUGUUCAAUUAAUACAUUAGUUGCUCUUACUGAUAAGAUUUUCGAGUUUGCUCUGCUAUGGUGUGCUAAAACUUGUGAUAAGGAAGACGAUGAUUGGAAUAAUCAAAAUGAAUCUGAAGAAAAUCAAUUGCCAAACAUGGACGAUCUUCCGAUCACUGAUGACGAUUUUUUCAUUUCUAAAAAUAUUCGAUUUGCCGCUACUGGAGGUUUCAUCAAUGCUGAAAUAGCAUCAAAGAUGACAACCAUGGAAUCAUUAGGAUUGGAAAAGUAUCCUGGUGGAAGAUUGAGCCGUCUGUUUAAUUUAGCUUUUGAAAAAUUACUCAAAAACUAUGAACUUUGUAGAACAGCAAGCGGCAUUGUUUUAACUAGACUUGAAUUACGUACAGCGAAAAAUGACUCAUUUUUGACACGUAAGAUAUAUAUAACACCGUCAACCAUUCUUUAUGAAGGUCCUUAUUGUGAAGAAAAAUGUGCUGUUACGCGUGAAUAUGUUCAGUAUCAAGAUCGAUUUCUUCGUUUAACUUUUCGUGAUGAAGCUUUUUCAAGUUCACAAUUACGUGAACAUUCUUGCUGGAUGUUUGCUUCACCAGACGAUCGUACCACAGUUGAUAUUAUUCGUGAAUGGAUGGGUGACUUUCGAAAUGUUCAUCCUAUAGCCAAGUUAGCUGCUCGUUUAGGACAAUCAUUUUCAACCAGUAUUAAAGGUAUCCAAUUAGAAAGUCAUCAAAUAAAGGAAAUAUCAGAUGAGAGAAGAUCCACAACAGAAAUAAACGGUAUUCAUGAAUAUUGUUUCACAGAUGGUAUUGGCAUUAUUUCUCUUACAUUGGCCAAAAGAUUAGCUAGAACCAUGAAAUUACCUGAAACAGUUUGUCCAUGUGCAUUCCAAAUUCGUUGCGGUGGCUAUAAAGGUAUGGUUUGCUUGGAUGUCGCUGGUAAGAUUAACAAUCCAAAUAUAGAUGUUUACUUUCGCGAAUCUAUGAAUAAAUUCGCUGCAAAAACACUUUCUAUUGAUGUUAUACGUACAUCAUUGCAUCCAACAGUUGCAUAUCUGAAUAGACAAAUAAUUUUACUUUUGUCAUCUCUUGGUAUUGGUGAUCAGAUUUUUCUUUCAUUACAAAGCGAUAUGCUAAAAAUGUUAAAAGCAUUAGAAGGUAAUUUUCUUGAGGCAUGCGAAACAUUAAAAAAAUUGAGUAACUUUGAUGAAAAUGGUUAUCAUGGAUUUUUAAUUGCAUAUUUAAAACAUUUACGUGAACAACGAGAUCCAUUUGUUCGACAGCUUAUUCGUGUUAUUCGAACUUCUCUUGUUAAAGAAUUACGAACAAAAGCAAAAAUUUUUGUACCGAAUUCAUGGUCUUUAUUGGGUGUGGUAGAUGAAAGUCGAACACUCAACUAUGGUGAAGUUUUUAUUCAAAUCGAUUCUAGUAAUGAACAAAGAGAUGAAUCAACAGGAAAAAUUUUUCGAGGCCCUGUAGUAGUAACAAGAAAUCCAUGUUUUCAUCCAGGUGAUAUUCGAAAACUGACAGCAGUCAAUGUACCUGCUUUGCAUAGUUUAAAAAACGUUAUUGUUUUUCCUAUGAAUGGACCACGUGCUCAUCCUGCAGAAAUGUCUGGCGGUGAUCUUGAUGGGGAUACAUUCUGGAUAAGCCGCCAUCCAGAUUUAAUAUUCAAAGAAAACGAAGAUCCAUUUGAUUAUCAAGAUCAAGAUCAUGAAGCUAAUAAAAUGCAAACAACCAAUGAUGUCCAACAUAUGAUUGAAGAUGUUUGUAAUUUUUUUGGUGAAUAUAUUGCAGCUGACAAUCUUGGUCUUAUUGCCAAUAGUCAUCUAGCUCUUUCAGAUCAAUUAGAAGACGGCGUCCGAAACAAAAACUGCCUUCAAUUAGCUAAAAUGCAUAGUGUGGCUGUAGAUUUUGCCAAAAAAGGAGUCAAUGCACCUCAUCUUACAAAAGAGCUUCGUCCUUCACAGUAUCCACAUUUUAUGGAAAAAAACGACAAACCAACUUAUCAUUCAAAAUCUAUUCUCGGUCAACUCCAUGAUAAAAUUCCGUUUUAUGGUAGCGAUAUACAUAUUGAUGAAGAAGAAGAAAUCAGAGCAACAUCAUCAUUUCCCUAUAAAUCGUUUUUUAUUGCUGGUGAUAAAAACUAUAUAAAAGAUGCUCGAAUUAUAAAAGGUGAAUAUGACCGAGACAUAUUAAGAAUCAUGCGGCAAUAUGGUAUUCAAAAUGAAGCUGAAAUUGUAUCAGGUUGUCUUCUUAAAUUUACUUCAAAACAAUAUGCAAAAGAAACCAAAAUUUUCGAUUUAAGAAAUGAAAUUACACAUGCAUACAAAGUCAUACGAGAUAAAUAUUUGACUCUCUUCUGGAAAGAAUUCUAUCAAGUAACAGAUGAAUCAGAUGAGGAAAAAGUUUCAUGGUCUGAAAUAUCGAAAAAACUAUCUUGGAAAAAUCAAGUUGACAUAUAUGAAUAUUAUAACCAAAUGACACUAUCGGAUGCAGUCAAACAAAAAGCAUCAGCAUGGUUUCAUACUACUUAUGAGCCAUGGAUCAAACGUAUAGAAACAUAUCGAAAGAUCAAAAACAAGAAACAAAACAAAUCUAUGGAUAAUCAACGAACAAAACAAUUUACACGAUUCAAUGGAUUAUUUAGUUUUGCUUGCAGUCAAAACAUGUUGCCAUCUACGUUUGAAACACUACCUGAUGAAAUUCUAAUGAUUAUUAUACGAUAUUCUGGUGAUAUUUAUACAAUAUUUCGAACAUUUUCUGGCGUAAAUCAACGUAUAAAUAAUAUUCUUGUCGAUAAACGUAUGCAUUUACUCACUGAUUUUCUCUGUAUGGAUAUCACGGAUGUAAAUAUUGAUUAUUAUUAUAAAUCAGAAGUAUUUGAUGACAUAUCUCAACAAUUAUUAUCUUUGACAAUAACAGAAAACGAUCAACAAUUUCGUCAAUGUCUUCAAUCAUUAAUUGUUUUUCAUAUCAAAUAUAAAUAUAAACAAUCAGCUGAUCAGUUAAAAUCAAAUAUAAAACAAUUUCAAUGUUUACAUAUGCAACUUACUGAUGAUGAUGCUAACAAUUUCGAUAUGGAAUUAGCGAAAACAUUCAAGGAUUUAAAAAAAUGCUCAAAAUUUAUGAAUAAUAUCAAACGAAUUGAAUCAUUAGUUGUCAUCAAAGGUGCUAAACUUACAUGUCCUAACAAUGAAUAUCUUGACUUUAAUUUUGCUGAAGCCGUAAACCUUUUAUUACUAGACAACAUUGUCACUGUUUCACCUAUAUCUCAACGAUUUAUUAAUUCCAUCAUUCAAAUGUUUAAAGUACUCGUGAUUUCGAAUUUGAAUCUUCUACAUAAUCGAGCUUAUGUUGUCAAUGGUGGUUGUGUAAUCUAUUUCUUUCUAUUCUAUUUAAUCUAUCGAUGUCAUGCUUGGAAUUGUAAAACAUCAUGUACCUCUUUUAAUAUUCAAUAUUAUGAAGCUACAUGGAUUGAUAGUAUUGUGGAUUUAUUCAAGUUCAUUAGUCCAAUUCAACUUAAUAUUGAUCAGGAAAUAUUUGUUUAUACAAGUCAAAUUGAAAUAUUAAAAAUUGUACUUGAUGAAAAUAUUCUAAAUGUGGAAUUUAAUCAUAUGCAAUCGACUCGAUAUAAUUCUUUUCAUUUUUCAUUACAACGAACAUAUGACAAACCAAUAAGAACAUGGUUAACAACAAAUACAAAUCUAUUGUUUAUUCUAUUAGAAAAAAAAGAAUGUAAACUUGUGAAACAAUUAUUAAAUCUAUCACCAUCAUUUAUUCAUCGAUUAGAUGAAGAUGGCAAUGAUCCAUUACUUUAUGUUUGUCUUAAAGUAUGUGGAUGUCGACAUAGAUUAAUCGAAUAUUUAAUCAGAAUGGGAUCUGAUUUACGAAGAAGAAAUUUGAAAGAUGAAAAUGUUUUCGAUGUAUUACAGUUGAAAAGAAAUAGAAAUUUAUUGGAAAUUUUGAUUGAACACGAUAUAAUUUAA